CGUCGUCCCGGUCGCGUCCCGGCCUCGGCGGAAGGUGCGGCCGCCGCAAUGCCCUUCCUGCACGGCUUCCGGAGGAUCAUCUUCGAGUACCAGCCGCUGGUGGAUGCGAUUCUCGGCUCCCUGGGGAUCCAGGACCCCGAGCGGCAGGAGCCCCUGGAUGGGCCCAGUUAUGUCCCCAGUGAGGAGAGCCGAAUCCUCGUUCUUACUGAGCUUCUGGAGAGAAAGGCCCACUCUCCAUUUUACCAGGAAGGCGUGAGCAAUGCCCUGCUGAAGAUGGCCGAGCUGGGGCUGACCCAGGCAGCCGAUGUUCUCCUGCAGAACGGGGCCAACCUCAACUUUGAAGACCCAGUCACCUACUACACAGCCCUGCACAUCGCUGUCCUGCGAAACCAGCCUGACAUGGUAGAGCUGCUGGUGCGCCACGGGGCUGACAUUAACCGGAGGGACCGGAUCCACGAGAGCAGCCCCCUGGACCUGGCCAGUGAGGAGCCGGAGCGCCUGCCCUGCCUGCAGCGCCUCUUGGACCUUGGAGCCGAUGUCAAUGCGGCCGACAAGCAUGGGAAGACUGCUCUGCUGCACGCUCUGGCCAGCAGUGACGGCGUGCAGAUCCACAACACUGAGAACAUCCGGCUGCUGCUGGAAGGAGGGGCGGACGUCAAGGCGACCACCAAAGACGGGGACACUGUGUUCACCUGCAUCAUUUUCUUGCUUGGGGAGACGGUGGGAGGGGACAAAGAGGAAGCCCAGAUGAUCAGCCGCUUCUGCUUCCAAGUCACACAACUGCUGCUGGCUCACGGCGCUGACCCCAGCGAGUGCCCAGCCCACGAGUCCCUCACGCACAUCUGCCUCAAGAGCUUUAAGGUGCACUUCCCGCUCCUGCGCUUCCUGCUGGAGUCCGGAGCCGCCUACAAUUGCUCCCUCCACGGCGCGUCCUGCUGGUCCGGCUUCCACAUCGUCUUCGACCGGCUCUGCUCGCACCCGGGCUGCGCGGAAGACGAGAGCCACAUGGACCUCCUGCGCAAAGCCGAGACCGUCCUGGAUCUCAUGGUGACGAAUUCCCAAAAACUCCAGCUGCCCGAAAACUUCGACAUCCACCCCGUGGGCAGCCUGGCAGAGAAGAUCCAGGCCCUUCACUGCUCCCUGAGGCAGCUGGAGAGCUACCCCCCGCCCCUCAAGCACCUGUGUCGCGUUUACAUCCGGCUCUACCUUCAGCCGUGGCCCGUGGACGCGAAGGUCAGAGCCCUGCCUCUGCCCGACAGGCUCAAGUGGUACCUCCUCAGUGAGCACAGCAGCCCCGUCGAGGGUGACGUCUGACCGCUCCAGGCUGAAGGGCAGAGGGCCAGGCCCUCAGCCAGCCUGGCGGCGGACUGUGUGCCUGUGGCGCCUCGUGGGAAACCCCCGGUCCUGCCUGUCAGGAGGCAGGUUGGAAACGAGACUUCUCCUUAGUACGAAGAAAGCCAGGCGGAGCCCGGCGCUGUGAUCAUCGGGGGAGGCGGCUUCUGGGCCCUGCAGGGAGACUGCCCCAUCCCUCUGGCAACAGCCCCAAGUUCUCAGCCCACAUAGGAGAAAAUGACAGGGCUAGAUUUGGGACGAGUCAGAGGGAGUGGUGGGCAGACCCAGGAGCAGGGGAGCUCCAAGUCGAGGUCCUCUUGAGAGCUGCAUGGACACAGCUGAAGCCAGAAGGAAGUUGGGCGGGUCUUUGUGGGGUGACCCUGUCAGGGCCCUUUACUCCAAAAGUGCUGUUGGUGGGCUGGAAGGGCCUGCUGCCUCCUAGCGUCUAGCUCUGGGCCAGGUCACCUGCAGCCCCGCCCACCAAGGCACGCAGCUGUGGUGGCCACUCUUUGUGCCAAGCCCAGGGUCUCGGGGACCAUGCCUUCUGCUAAAAAGCAAUCAUGCAUGACCAGGGACAGGCCUUUCCAAAAUGUCUCCUCUGAGAGAAAAAGCUACCAGGACUGAAACUGACUGUCCCACCUAAUGCUGAGCCCUCACAAAGCUGUUUUUCUGUUAGGCUGGUCAUUGUGAAUUGUGUGAAUGCCUCAGAAAUAAGCUAAGGCAACUAAAUGGCAUAUUUAUACUUCCAGAUUAAACUGAUUUCUCUUGGCCUUAAAGGUCCUUUGAUAACACUUCCCCCAGCUCAGGAUGAAGGACCCCACGGCUCCAGGAAGAGGUGGUCGGCACCGACGCUACAUUAGGGCUCAAGUAGCAACUUGUCCCAUAAACAAACACUCCAGACUGGCGGGGCCGUCACAGCACAGGGAUUCAUUUCACCCUUUUUAUUUUUGACUGAAAGUGUC